CAAAGCGAGUUCCUCGCCUCCCGGGUUCUUUCCUCCUUCUCAGCCCUCUCGCUCUCUCGGGGCGCCCCCGGGCCGGGCCCCUCCCUCAGUGCCCCCGCACCUCUCCCCAGCCGGGGGCACCUGAGGCUGGCGCGGGUGCGGGACUGGUGCGGAGCGCCGCGGACCCGGCGGCGGAGGAGGCGCGCUCCCUGCCACCUCCAGCCGGCUCCUGGGGAACCGCGCCGCGGGGCUGCAGGGACCGGUCUCCGCUAACGCUACCGCUCACGCCUCGCCGCCGCGGAGCCGCGGGUGGGCAGCCGCGCGCCCUCAGGGACUGCCAGCUUGGGCUGCUGCUCCUCCCGGAUGCCAGGGCCAGGGCGCCGGGCGGCAGCCAGCCGGAGGAUGAAGGGCUCGGCGGGAGGAAGGAGAGAAAAGCUACUGGGGGCACCGAAAGCUCAGCCUGGCCCAGAUUUCCCUUGUGCACAAGAUGGAGAGAGUGAGGCUGAAUUUUUACCUGAUGACUUUGAAGAAAAACCAGAAAGAGAAAAGAAACAUACUAAUUUCACUUUGUGCAACGUGUGUAACAUCCAGCUGAAUUCGACCGCUCAGGCCCAGAUCCACUAUAAUGGCAAGUCACAUCAAAAGAGAUUAAAGCAACUGAGCAAUGGAAUCCUGAAAAACGACAAUGGUGGUACAUGCCAGAGCCCUGCCCUCCCAGCCCUGGUCCGUCCACCAGCCCCUCCUUUACAACCAUCGCUGGAUAUUAAACCAUUUCUUCCUUUUCCUCUUGACACUGCGGCUGCAGUCAACCUCUUCCCCAAUUUUAAUGCGAUGGACCCGAUUCAGAAAGCUGUAAUAAAUCAUACAUUUGGCGUUCCUCUUCCUCAUCGAAGAAAGCAAAUUAUAUCAUGCAACAUUUGCCAGUUGAGAUUUAAUUCUGAUAGCCAGGCUGCGGCCCACUACAAAGGCACGAAACAUGCCAAGAAGCUCAAAGCACUGGAAGCCAUGAAAAAUAAGCAGAAAUCUGUAUCUGCCAAGGACAGCGCAAAGACUACCUUCACCUCCAUCACUACCAAUACCAUCAAUACCAGCUCUGACAAAACAGACAGUACCACAGGGACACCAGCAAUAUCAACAACCUCGGUGGAAAUUCGCAAAAGCAGCAUUAUGACAACUGAGAUCACCUCUAAAGUGGACAAAAGCCCCACGACAGCCAGUGGCAAUAGCUCGUGUCCUUCCACGGAAACUGAGGAAGAAAAGGCAAAACGGCUUCUUUACUGUUCACUAUGCAAGGUUGCUGUCAACUCUGCCUCGCAGCUGGAGGCACACAACAGUGGUACUAAGCACAAAACCAUGCUAGAAGCCCGGAAUGGAAGUGGGACUAUCAAAGCCUUUCCUAGGGCAGGUGUGAAAGGUAAAGGACCACUUAAUAAGGGAAAUACAGGCCUGCAGAACAAAACAUUUCACUGUGAAAUCUGUGAUGUGCAUGUCAACUCGGAAACACAACUUAAACAGCACAUUAGCAGUAGAAGGCACAAAGACAGAGCUGCUGGGAAGCCCCCGAAACCUAAAUACAGUCCUUACAACAAACUACAGAAGGCAGCACAUCCACUGGGGGUGAAAUUAGUAUUUUCAAAAGAACCUUCAAAGCCAUUGGCCCCACGAAUCCUACCAAACCCGCUGGCAGCUGCUGCAGCCGCUGCGGCCGUGGCAGUGAACUCCCCCUUCAGUCUUCGAACUGCCCCCGCAGCAACCCUGUUCCAGACUUCCGCGCUUCCGCCGGCACUCCUUCGGCCAGCUCCGGGACCCAUUCGGACCGCUCACACCCCUGUGCUGUUUGCUCCUUACUGAAUUCCAAACGGGAGUCCCUGUAACUGCAAUAAUUUUUCAAAAAACAAAACAAAAGAGAACUAUGCAGUGUUUAUUUAUAGUUUAAAGUAUAUCUGAAGAGCCAGGACUUUUGAUAGUGAAUUUAAAAGAUUAUUAAAAAAAAAAAAAAAACACAAAGGAGGGAGGUUUACGGGUGGGAGGGCAGGGGUGGUCUUUUCUCCAAAUUCAAGCAUUCCUCUUGAACAUUGAUUGUUUUAGAAGUGAUCUCCAGCAUUGACUUGUAGUGGUAUCUAGAACGUCUGAAGCCUUUGUGACUGUACUUUUGGGCACCUCUUUCCCUCUGCAUUGUCCUUCCUGCUUUAUGAGACAACUAUAUAUUGUCUAAGGGCAUUAACUGGUUCCAAUGUAUAUAUAAUAAUUUACCCUGUAGAUUCACAUAAUACAUACACAAAAAAAAAGAAGAAAGAAAAAAAAACAAAAAAAAAAAAACAAAACACAACAAAAGCAACACUGUGAAUAGUAGUACCCGUGCUGGUCCUCUUGUUAUGACAGCAAUUACUGGGUAUUUAUCCCAACAAAAGUAGAUACAGUAGAUGUCUUGUAAAAUAAUAGUGCUGUGUCUCAAUCUAUGCCACUAGAUUUUAAAGAAUUGCAAAAGGUAGAACGAACAACUAUUUCAUGCCAGUAAGCACUCAAAAAAGAAAAAA